AUGGGAGCUGCUCUGCUGGAGGAGCGACUCUCGGCCCUGAAGGAGGAGCUGGCAGCAAAGGAGGUGGCUGUGCAGGAGCUGGAGCUCUCCAAGACCACCUUGCUGGAGGAGAUGAGGACCACAAUGGUGGCCCGGAGCCAGGUGCUGGAGUUGGAGGAGAAGGUGCAGGUGCUCACAGGCCAGAGGGACAGCCUGGAGCAGGAGCUGAGUGCCAGCAGCAUGCAGCUGGAGAAGGAGAAGGUCCGUGUGGAGAGCAUGUUCCGGCACGAGGAGUCCCUGCAGGCCAAGCAGAGGACCCUGCUGCAGCAGCUGGACAGCCUGGACCAGGAGCGUGAGGAGCUGCAGGCCAGCCUGGGAGAGGCUGAGGAGGACAAGGCCCGGCUGGUGGAGCAGCUGGAGCAGAGCCAGGAGCAGAGUGGGAAACAGCUCCAGGCACAGCAGGUGAGUGCUGGUACCCAGGUGUGGGACACAGCCUGUGCCACAGGGCUGUCAGGAGCCACACGCUGCCCUGCCCACACCCACAGCCAGUUUUCCCAGGAGGGAUACUCUGGGACCUAG